AUGCCGGCGAUUCCAUUUCCUGCAUACCUGCCGGAGAGCCAGCUCGUGCAACGCAGUACAAACACAUAUCUCCACAAUGCCUCUGAUUCACGACUAGAUGUCGUUUGCGCUUGGCCGGUAUCUGGGCAAUAUGGACCUGGAACCCGUGUUUUGUAUGAACCCCCAAAGAAAAACGUAUCAGCAAUAUUUCGGAAUCCUAACAUCGCGUGCAGAUACUACGUCUUGGUGGCGGCUUGCGUAUUUGCCCGCAAAGCAGAAUGGAUUCGAAAUGCGGGUCUUGCGGCUGUACUACUCUUCCCCGCUGUCGCUGCUCUCCACGGAAUUGUCCUAGUGACCUUACAUCGAGAAGGGGCGGUUGAUAUGGAUGUGUAUGGAGCAUUUCAGUUAUGCUCGAUUGGAAUUUUGACCGCUCCAGCUACGGUCAAGCUCUCGAAAACAUAUUUCAAUAACCCCGGUCGCAAUAUCAUAUUUCUCUGGACUGGACUUCUCCUCGCGGGCCUCCUUAGCUUGACAGUAGAAUUCAUUCGCAUUCAAUCUACAAGCUGUCCAAUUGACGACCCAGCAACAAUACAAUGGGCCAAAAAUCACACCUUCCCGUACAACAGCUCUCCCAAAUGUGGCAUGGUUUGUGGAGAGGACUCUGGUCCUUUCUCCCCUUUACGACAAGGCGCGGCGGACAAUAUCUACGUGAUACCCGUGCCUCAUGCGUUAACCUUCAAUACUGCUACUCUGAUAUCUGCGGCGUGUUGUGUCCCUGCAAUUCUAUCCUUGGUGUCAACUUGGAUCAAAAUUCUCGAAUAUAACUGGGAGACAUUUUCCUCUCGCUACUAUGUGACGUCGACCAAUCCAACCACUGGUAGCUCAACGGAAAAGCCCGAUGAACGACCGAUUAGAGGAACAAACGGAGCCACACCAAAGCAUAUGAAGGGAAUUGCUGCCAGGAUAAGAAGCUGGUUGACGCUCAUUGAAAUUCCCGUGUUCGUUGCGGCAGUUCUAGCUAUAUUAGUCAAGGGAGAGAUGAACUUUUUCAGCAAACCAGUCAACUAUCAGACCGAGCCAAUUACUAGCAUUGGUCAAUGGGCCCCGAUUGUUGGUACAGGACUUGCCGCAAUUGGAUCAUUGUAUGUUCUUUUUGCCGCAACUAUGGACGCUGACGAGAACGAGGAUGACGAUCGAGAAAGUCGUGUGGAUACAGAUGUCAAUGCAGAUGUCAUUGAGAACAACUCGAAGUGUACUGAGUAUACAAGCCGAGACAACAGUCCAGAGUCAUUGGACAGCAUUAGUCCGCAGCGCAGUUCUCAAAUUCUAAACAGGAGUCCCUCCACAGAGAUAGCGAGGACAAGUACGCAAGCUUCUAUAAGCCCCAAAAUCCCGCGCACAGCCACCAACCAAAGCGAAAGGUCUGUUCAUUCGGGCGGAAGGCGGAAGGUGACUCAAUAUCUUAAUAUAGCAAGCAUGAAACUUGCCGCCAAGGCACAUGAUCAAUUUCAAGAUUCAGGGUAUCACGCGAAAGGGCUUUCAAGCUUUCCGGAAGUUCCAGGCGAGAUUUUUCGAAAUGAGAAUUUACCGGAAAUUCAAAGGGCUUACUCUCCACUCCCGCGCUCCAGGGCCAGCAGCUUUAUUGGAUCCGAGUCGUCUCAUGGAGAAGGCAGCUCACGAGUGCCAUGGGAUAUGCCGCGACAUCUCUCACUUCCCGGGCCACCAACCCCGACGCGUCCAAUCACAAGACCACGACAUGCCUAUACGUUGCCAUCGCGGACUGGGUCAUGUGCAGUUUCAGAAGGGCAUAUUGGCGACACCCUUGAUGAAGUUCCGUUCACCGGAGACACAAGUAUAGCAACUGGAGCAUCGACAGGUCUUGCCCAUGCCAGUCAAACCUCGUCUUCUUUUGAGCCCAGUCUCACAACCCUCACACCUAACACCCAAGAAGCACCGAAAAUAAUCGUUUCGUCCGAUUAA